CACAGUUCUACGCUACAGUAGGUUGCUCUCUCUCCAUUCCUCCCAUCUGGCGGACUGACUGGCCCAUCGCAGUCGUCUCUCUGGUCGCCCUGAGCAGUCUGCCGACACACAGACCCCUGGCAGUGUGCUGAAACCUAGAGGGAUGGAGACAGACCCUGCCUUGGAGACAUGCACUGAGAGCAGAGCAGAGACGGGGGGAGAGGAGACACGAGAGGGACCUAUCACGAGGCCCAGCCCCCUGUCCCCCAAUAGGUCUACAGCUGCUCACACUCCUACAGCACCCACCUCUACUCCCCCUCAGCUUACUUCCUCCUGCCCUCCUAAACUCACCCCUGCCCCCAAUCCCUCUUCUAGUACACUCAUCCUCACCCCUACAUUCACACCCUUUUCCUCCUCUACACCCACCCCCAAUCCACCUAAACUGACCCCCACCCCCUCACCCCCCCACACUCACCCAUAAAACACCCCCUACCCUCACCUCUACAGUACUCAACCCCACCCCAACAUUUACACCUACUUCUCCCUCACUUACUCCCAACCCCUCACCUCUAAAAUACUCACCCCCAGACUUACUCUCCCCACACUCACACCCACUCUACCUACACUCAAGCAUUCCUCGUCUCCCUCCCCUACUAAACUCACUCACAAACCUGCACCUCUCCCCCUCACUCCCCCACCCCCACCCUCACCCCUACUGCCCCUCUACUCACCCCCUCUCCCUCCCCUCCCUCCCCCACUGUAUCUGCCAUCCCUUCUCUGCCCCCUCUGUAACCCAUGGCAAAAUGUCCUUUGCUCCUGGGCCUUCCUUCUUCCUGACCAAUGGGAAUGCAAGGCCGCCCACCUCUCCACCAAUCACGCCUUUCCAUACCCCAGCCAGCAGACAGGUUCCUCUUCCUCGCCCCCUGGGUACGCCCACUCUGGUGCAAGCAAAUCAGAGCAUCUCGCCUGUUAGACCGAGGGUAUCCCAGCAGGCCUUGCUCCUGGGUCGGAGUCCUUGUUCGAGCCGAGACCAGAUGCUGCUCAGGGCCCAGAUGCUGAUUUUCACCUCUACGGUACGGCCUGUCUCUUCCUCUUCCUCUCACCCUGCCUCCGCUCAGCUCCAGAGUCUAACCCUGCGCCCCUCUGCUCCCGGCACUCUCACAAUCCCCCCCUCUUUACGUCUCAAACCUCCCUCCUCCUCCCUCUCUCCUAUCUCUCGUCCCCUUACACCCCUUUUCCCCCCUCUCCGGCCGCGCACCCAGCCCAGUUCCAUGGCAACAGACAGACAGACCCCACCUACCCGGCGCCUCUCAGUCCCGCCUCCAACUCUCUACACUUCUGUGCGUUCUGUCCCUCUGAGACCCAGACUUCAUUCUCCAAACGGCCACAGAGUGGUGCCCCCGAGACACAGCCCCGCCAUGCGACCAUUUGCUGCUGCUGCUGCCCAUCAGGCCCUACCCAUCAGACAGUGUACAGUACCAGCCACCAGUCUGUCAUCUCAAAGCCCGCCCACACAGUCCACCACUGGCCAAUCGCAGCUCAACUCAGGCUCUAGGCCCCUUCCCUUGGGUUCUUCCUGUUUUGAUCGGUUACCGCCGGCAUCAAGGCAGCUGCAAAUGAUUGCCCUCUCCGCUGGCUCCAGCAGCCGCUUCAGCAGCCAAACACGGCCUGCAGCCAACACACACACCCCAGCUUCUGUCCAAUCAAAGUGUCUGGUUCUUGAGUCCCCAUCUCCUCAGCUCGAUGCCCAAACACAGAGGACUUCUGACCACGCCUCUCCCCCUCCCACCUCCUCCAUCCACAAAGCCAACUCACCCCUACCAUACCCCCAUUAUCAGGCCAGACACAUUCAGUCAAAAGGAGAAGUGGGUAGACAGGGAGUAAGGGAGGAGAGAGAGCGGGUGGGGGGAGAGGAAGAAAAGAUGGGGGAAAUUGAAGAGGGGCAGAGGGAUAAAGAGAGGGUGGCAGGAGAGAGAAAGGUAACAGGAGAGAAAAAAGGUAUUGUUGAGAAGAGAGCGGAGGGAGAGAAGGAGGACCAGAGAGAUAAAGAGGAGGACCAGAGAGAUAUAGAGAAGGAGGACCAGAGAGAUAGUGAGAAGGAGGACCAGAGAGAUAGAGAGAAGGAGGACCAGAGAGAUAGAGAGAAGGAGGACCAGAGAGAUAGAGAGAAGGAGGACCAGAGAGAUAGAGAGAAGGAGGACCAGAGAGAUAGAGAGAAGGAGGACCAGAGAGAUAGAGAGAGGGUGGGAGAGAAGGGAUUGCUGACAAGAAAGGAGAAAGGAGAGGCUGGAGGAGAGGAAGAAUGGAUGGAGAGAGGUAAACAAUAUGAGAGACUGAGACAGAUGACAGGAAUAGAGGAGGAGGGGGAGGAAAGGAUGAAGAUAGAGCGAGAGGAGCAGAGAGAAAGGAUGGAUGUAGAGGAGGAGGAGCCGGGACAGAAAGAUGCAAUGAAAGGAGAGAAGGAGGUGGGGACUACCACUGACGAGGACAGUCCGAUAGACCCUCACCCCAAUGCAGACCCGGCUACUCAGAAUCACAUACACUUUGAUGCCCCCUCACACACACCUCAUAACCCCACCACUCAGAACGACCACCCCCUCCCCUCAGGUUACCCCAUAGACCUCCAGAGACCAUUGGACUGUCCCAUAGAGCGACCCCCAGACCUACCCCACAAGGACCAAGAGGACUUCUGUGAGAACAUGUCCACUCAGUCUGACAACCACUCAGUCUUGUCCAGUCUCUCCUCUCAGUCUCCCCCUGCCUCACCCUUCCUCACCCCUCCAUCUGACUUCCCUCCUCCUCUCCUGCCUGUUAGCCCCUCCCACUCAGAGACCCUCAGCCUAUCACAGAGCCGCUCUGAGACCCUUAGCCUAUCAGAGCGCGAGCCUUGGACACAGAGGGUGUGGCCAGAGGGCGGGAGGCGUGUCUUAACUCACCUGGUGGAGGGCUUCGUCAUACAGGAGGGGCUGCAGGCGUUCCCGGUGAACCGCUCAUCUCUGUUGUUGGGAGGGCAGGAGGGUGUCUCCCAGAAUGGGAACACAGAGGGAGCGGAGUUAUUACCAUUGACAGACACACCAGAGCCACCGGAACAUUCCAGCGAAUCAGAACGAGUGGGUGUGGCCACAGAUGACCCGCUGACAGGUACCAGAGAGAGACAGAGGGGGGUGUUACAGUGUGAGUCUUGUGGGAAGAGAGGCCAUGCCCACUCCUUCCACCGCUCCAAAAGAUACUGCUCCACUUCCUGUGCCCGCAGGCUUAAUGUAGGGAUGUCUAAACGUCUGCGUGCUCUGAGUGCAGGCAGCCAGCCAGAGGGGCGGCGCUCUGAGACAAACAAGGAGGAGUCUGUUCCUGGGAAGCCCCUCUUACUGCGACUGCCCCGCGAAAUAUGGAGCGCCCAUCGCCAUGACUACGAAGGGGAAGAAGGGCAUGCUGUUCCCAUAACAACCAGGCUGGAGCGCAGAGCUGCACGGAGGGCAAGGAGGGCAUCUGAGCCAGCGAUGACCCCUAGUAACCCCACCGUGACCUCUACUGAACCCACACCUGCACAGUGGAGUGUAGAGAAAGUCUGGGACUUUAUACACACACUGCCAGGUUGUGUGGAUGUUGCAGAGGCGUUCCGUGUUCAGGAGAUAGAUGGCCAGGCCCUGCUGCUGCUCACUGAGGACCACCUGAUGACCAGCAUGAACAUCAAACUGGGACCAGCGCUCAAGAUCUGUGCCCACAUCAACACACUCAGACACACAUAGAGAGGGGGAGAUGGAGGUGUGGUGGGACGGUGGGUGGAGGAGAAUAUAGAGAGGGGGAAAAAGGGAGGGGUGGGGGGACGGUCUAAGGCACUGCAUCACAGUGCUUGAGGCGUCACGACAGACCCGGGUUCGUUCCCAGGCUGUGUCACAACCGGCCUUUGACCGGGAGUCCAAUAGGGCGGCAAACAAUUGGCCCAGCAUUGUCCGGGUUAGGGGAGGGUUUGGCCGGCGGGGCUUUACUUGGCUCAUCGUGCUCUAGGGACUCCUUGUGGCGGGCCGAGCGCCUGCAAGCUGACUUCGGUAGUCAGUUGAACGGUGUUUCCCCCGACACAUUGGUGCAGCUGGCUUCCAGGUUCAGCGGGCGGGUGUUAAGAAACGCGGUUUGGUGGGUCAUGUUUCGGAGGACGCAUGACUUGACCUUUGCCUCUCCCGAGCCCUUUUUGGAGUUGCAGCAAUGGGACAAGAUCGUAAUUGGAUAUCACGAAAUUGGGAAGAAAAGGGGGUAAAAAACGAAAGAAAAAGUGAGGGAAAAUAGUGAUUGAUAGACGGGAGAAGAGAGAGAGGAGCGGAGAAGGGGGGGAAAACAAGAGAUCAAUUCAAGAGAUUAUCAACUGAGAGCAAUCAGUGAGAGAGGUAGGGGGAUUUUGUUAUAUUCUGUUGUGUCUAUGUACAUAUUUUACAAUGCAGUCUAUUGGUUGUAAAUCUUAAACAUUUUCAUGAAGGAUUGUAAUAUACAGUAUGUAUUUGUCUGUUUGGUAAUUAUUUUAGAAUGUGGUGUCACAUGAAAACUGUCAAAUCUGUUUUGAUUUUACACAGCUGAUACACAGAUUUUUUUGUAUCACUGUGUGGAAAAUAAGGUCUUAACUAAAGAAAUGAUUACGUUUUAUAUAUGAUCUGAGAAAAAAGUUAGGUCUUGUUUGUCUCAUAACCAUGUCGUUUUGUGAGAUUUCUUAAAUUUUUUCUCGUAUCCUUCCUAUUCAAACUCAGUAAUAAAUGAAAUUAACUUA